AUGAAGUUCCUUCAGAUCCUUGUGUUCGUGGCGCCUCUGGUCCUCGCGACCCGAGACCGACAGGGCAAGGAAACAUACGACGGGUACAAGGUCUUCCGUGUCUCGACAAAAGUCGAUGCUUCGGCAUUUGAGGAGCAGCUUGAGUCUCUGGCUGCCAUUGAGCUCAGUCGCAACCAUGGGCACAUUGACGCGCAGCAUUUCGAUAUCGCUGUGCCGCCAGAGAGUCUGGAAGCAUUCGGCGCUCUCAACUACACCGCCGAGGUGUUGAUCGAGGACCUUGCAGCUGACAUUGCUCUAGAGGGAGACCUCGAAGGAUACCCAGGUGUGGACUUCAGCAUCCAAGCGGACCAGGCUGCUGCCGCUCUCCCGAGCGCGACGUGGUUCAAUGCAUACCACCCGUAUGCGGACCAUCUGACGUUCUUGACGGCCUUGCAAGCGGCCUUCCCGUCCAACUCGGAGCUUAUCACAGCCGGUAGCUCUUUUGAGAAGCGUACCAUCCAGGGCAUUCACCUGUGGGGAAGCGGUGGAAAGGGUUCGAAGCCUGCCAUCUACUGGCAUGGCAAUGUUCACGCUCGGGAAUGGAUUACUUCGAUGGUUGUUGAGUACCUUACGUACCAGAUCAUCCUCAACUACAACAACGACACGACAGUGAAGACAACCCUGGACAACUAUGACUUCUACAUCCUGCCUAUCGUGAACCCAGACGGCUUCGUCUACACUCAAACUUCCACUCGCCUGUGGAGAAAGAACCGUCAGACACGAUCGGGUUCCAGCGCUGUCGGAACCGACAUCAACAGGAACUGGCCCUACAUGUGGGAUGGCGAGGGUUCAUCUACAAGCCCAGGAUCAGGUCAGUACCGUGGAGCUGCAGCUGGAGACACCCCUGAGAACACUGGGAUCCGCAAGUACGGCGACACGCUAGCUGCUGGCAGGGGUGUCAAGAACUACAUCGAUUGGCACAGUUACGGCCAGUAUAUUCUGACGCCCUACGGCUACGACUGCUCGGUUUCAGCGUCGAACCAAGCUAAGCAAAACACGCUGGCCGCCAACACCGGCGCAGCUAUUGCCAAGUCAUACGGCACGAGAUUCACUACUGGCGGUACUUGCGCAACCCUCUACGCUACUGCCGGUGGAAGCAACGACUACAUGACCGACGUCGCAGGGACGGAGUUUGCCUGGGCUAUUGAGCUCCGCGACACUGGUGCAAAUGGUUUCGUCCUGCCUGCUGCUCAGAUUGUACCGAGUGGCAUUGAGGCUUUCGCGGGGAUGAAGUACUUGUGGACCAACAUGUAA